AUGAAGUACCUCCAGCCCCCUGGAGACCUGAGGCUGGCAUGGGCCAGCACUCACCCCCGAAACAGACAGCUCAAACAGCUGGCCUUCUCCAGGUCUCCGUACUCCUUCCAGGUGACUGAAGACACACCUCCAGGAACCACAGUGGGACGCGUGUCGGCGGCGCACACCGGCGGACGUGGGCCGGUGGUUUUCUCCGUGCUGGAGGACGACGGGGAUGGGGUCUUUCUCCUCAGCCCCCGCUCCGGAGAGUUCUUCCUCUCCCGCGGCUUGGACUACGAGACGGAGCGGUUCUACGGCCUCCUGGUGGGGGUGCGGCGUGGCGACGGCCAGCUCUCCAGCGCCAGGGUGUACUUCAGCGUGGUGGACGUGAACGACAACCCCCCCGUCCCGACGCCCGAGGCCUACUCCGUGUCCGUGCUGGAGAACAGCCCUCCCGGGACCUGCAUCCUCACGCUCGACGUCUCCGACGCAGACGACGGUGUGAACGCAGAGCUGAGAUGGGCAGUGAUUGCUGGAGAUGAAGAGGCGAAGUUUGCCGUGAAUGUCGGCGGUGUUGUCUGCCUGCAGGGGGCGCUAGACAGAGAGAAAGUCUCCGUGUACAACCUCACCAUCCGGGUCAGCGACCUCGCUCUUCCCCACAGUUCCCGCCUCACCGGCACGGCACUGGUUGCCGUUAUCGUCCAGGACGUGAACGACAACGGGCCGUAUUUCACCUCGCCGGAGGUCCUGCGGAUCCGCGAGGACGCCCCGCUGCACGCCGUCGUCAUGGUGAUACACGCCGCCGACGCCGACGCGGGCCACAACGGCGAGGUGGAGUACGGCCUGGAGGGCCCGUCCGGCGGAACGUUCCGGAUCGACGGCGCGCGCGGCAGGCUGUUCCUGGAGGAGCCUCUGGACAGGGAGUCUGCCGACGCGCUCGCCGUGGUCGUGACGGCGCGGGACAGAGGCUCUCCGCCGCGGUACGCCUCCGUCAACCUGACCGUGCUGGUCGACGACGUCAACGACAACGACCCGGCCUUCCCUUGGAGCGCCCGCAGCGCGACGGCGAGAGAGGACGUCCCCAGGGGGACGAGCCUGCUUCAGGUCCGGGCCCGCGAUCCCGACGUGGGCCCGAACGGGCGGGUGCGGUACCAGCUCUCCCACAGCCACUUCGCGGUGGACCCGGUACGGGGCGUCGUCGUAGCGACGGGCCGACUGGACCGCGAGAAGAGCCCCUCGUACAGCUUCGCAGUCGUCGCCGUGGAUCAAGGAGACCCCCCCAGAUCUGCCACGGUCAGCGUGAACGUGACUCUCUCUGAUGUGAAUGACUGCGCCCCUCUCUUUACUCCGCAAUCAAUAUCACUACACGUGCAGGAGAACUCUCCAGAUCUCCCCCGGGUCAUCCAUCAGGUAUCGGCCCUGGAUGAAGACCUUGGCAUGAAUAGCCAGCUGACGUACUCCAUCACGAGGGGAAACGAAGAGGGCCUCUUCUCCCUCUCUCCCGGUGGUACUCUCCGUGUUCUCCACAGUCUGGACAGGGAACGGAGGACACAGCACAUGCUACACAUCAUGGCUGUUGACUCAGGCAUUCCCCCACUGACGGGGACCGCGACCGCGCUGAUUCACGUGGACGACCUCAACGACAACCGCCCGGUGUUCCCUCAGGGUGUGAUCAGCACUGUCGUGGCUGAGGACGUCCCUGUGGGAACUGUGAUCGCAACUGUAACGGCCUUUGACCCUGACCACGGAGCCAAUGGAGAAGUAAGGUAUGCUUUGGUAGAGGGGAGUGCGCCAUUUUCCAUUGACGAGGUGUCGGGAGCCGUGCUCACCACCGGGGCUUUGGACCGGGAGUCCGUUGGCAGUUACCUUUUGACUGUGACCGGCAGUGACCUGCACCCCACACACCCGCUCCUCAGCGCGGCCGUGGUGUCGGUGCUGGUGCGGGAUGUCAAUGACCACCAGCCUCGGUUCCUCAACAGCCCCUAUGUCGCCAACGUGCCAAGCACGGUCGCUGCAGUGGAUGCUGACAUGGGGAGAAAUGCACAGCUGACCUUUUCCAUGUUCGGUCACAACAGCAGUCAGCUCUCAAUCAGCCCUGCCAGAGGUGAAAUUUUCACUUCGGACGUACUCAGUGGAGCAGAAGACAUCACGGUCGGUGUCCGUGUGGAAGACGGCGGAGAUGACCCGAAAGAUGACAUCACAACCGUGACCGUAAGAUUCCAGAAUGCCUCGGAAUUCCCAGUCGUGACCGUGGACACGCGAAGGCCCCUAAUCUCGGAAGACGAGCCUCUGAACACUCUGGUUGCUGUGGUAACCGGCGAGAGCAACAGAACAGAGCUGAUAUCGUACUACCUGGCUUCUGGACACUUUGGGGAGGUGUUUCAACUGCACCCAGAGACAGGGGAGCUGACCAUAAGCAGCCCGUUGGAUUACGAGGCAAACCAGGAGUUCCUGAUCUGGGUCGAAGCCAGAGAUGCAGGCCUGCCACCAUUUUCUUCCUACGCCGAGAUUCACAUAAACAUUAGUGACGUGAACGAUAACUCCCCAGUGUUCACCCAGAGUGUAUACUGGUGUGAAACGCUGGAGAACUCCCUUGCAGGCCCGGUGUGUGGAGUGUCAGCCGUUGAUGCAGAUUCUGGAGUCUAUGGAAAAGUGCAGUACAGCAUCUUAAGUGGAAAUGCGGAUAACACCUUUACUAUCGAUUCAGACACUGGCAUUUUGGGCACGGUAAAAAGUUUAGACCGAGAAAAGAUAUCGGAUUACAACUUAACGAUUCAAGCCGCAGACGAGGAGAAUGACGUCAACACAGACACUGCAGUGGUGCUUGUUGUUGUGCUGGAUGUAAACGAUAACGCGCCUCGGUUUUCACAGAUUUUCUUCACGGAGAUCCCUGAAGAUACACCGGUGGGGUUUACUGCCAUUCAGAUCACAUCCACGGAUGAAGACAUUGGUGUAAAUGCUGUGAUUGUAUACACAGUAAUUGACCAGAGUGGUAGCCUUCCAUUUGCUAUUGAUGGGGCCAGCGGGAACCUGGUUGUUGUACGAUUGCUGGACAGAGAGACUCAGGAUCGCUACGUUGUCAAAGUCAACGCUAACGAUUCAGCGUGGAGCAUCAGCACGGACGUCAUCAUAGAGAUCACAGAUGUCAACGACAACAGGCCAGUGUUCUCUCAGUCCUUGUACUUUGCCACAAUCACAGAGACUAAAACCCAGGAGGUGUUUGUCAUGCAGGUCCACGCCACAGAUUCCGACCUUGGGUCAAACAAGCAGAUUCUGUACUACAUCGACCCGGCAAGGAAGAUCCAGGCUGAAGAUGAAGACGACGGAGCGAAUGGACUCCUUCACUAUUCGCUUGAAAGCGGUAACGAGGACACAAUCUUCUCCAUCGGGCAGAACACAGGACUGAUCACUCUAAUCAGAGGGCUGGACUCAGAGAGACAAGGGGCUCAUUUCCUUCAAGUCAGCAGCCAAGAUGGAGGCUGGAUCCCAAAAGAUCCUAACGAUGGUACUAUCACCACGCAAGAGAUUUUUGAUUACGAACUUCAGCAAAACUUUGAAGUAACAGUCAAGGCAUCCAACCCAGGAAGUCGCCAUCUUUUCAGCUUGGCACAAGUUCACAUCAAAAUCAAAGGUGUUAACGAGUUCAUCCCCACAUUCCAGAAAAGCCAGUACAACUUCUCAGUGACUGAGAGAUCACCUAAUCGAACCCGGGUCGGAAAAGUCUUAGCUACAGACUAUGAUCUGGGUCCUGAAGGAGAAGUCUUCUACCUGCUGAUAGGGCCAAGCAAAAGAGCUGGUUUUGACAUUGAUGAACGCAGUGGUGAAAUAUUUACCACUGGUGAUUUAAUACAACACAGCCACAGUCAGGCAGUUUUAAGAAUCCUUGCAAAGAACUGGGGCAGCAUUAAUGGCUCUGACAUUGACGAAACCAUUGUCCUGGUUAAUGUGACAGAUGCCAACGAUCCCCCAGAAUUCUCCGCAGUGUUCUACACUGCGGAGGUCAGCGAAGACGCAGCUCUGGGGACGUCUGUCACUCGGGUGACCGCCAAAGACAAGGACUUGAUCCCGGAGUGGAGCCGUUUUGUUUACAGCAUUACAAGCGGGAAUGAGAACAGCUCUUUUGCUCUGGACCCCGUGACUGGGAUUGUCUCAGUUGGUGCCCUCCUUGACCGGGAACAGUGGCCCCUCUACAACCUGACUGUCGUCGCCAUCGAUGGUGCCUUCCCUCCGGCCACAGGGAGCGCAAGUGUAGUCGUAUCCGUGACUGACGUCAAUGACAACCCGCCUCGUUUGAUUUCCGCCACGGGCUACGUGCGAGAGAACCAGCCCUACGGCACAGUGGUGUCCGUUCUGAAGGCCUCGGACGCAGACCUCCCGUCAAACGGAGGUCCGUUCACGUAUUGGCUGGUGAGGCCUACUUUUGGGAGCGCCUUCUUGCUCUCGGCAGAAGGCGUCCUGUCUACCACCAGGCCGGUGGAUCGUGAGCGAAACCCUGUGCACUCUGUGCUUGUGGUGGUACAGGACGCGGGGAGUCCCCCCUUGUCCUCUACGGCGACGGUUCGCGUGGAGGUUUUAGAUGAGAACGACAACCCAUCAGCUCCGAGGCACAUCUACAUUGAAGUGAAGUACUAUGGAAGCACCUUCCAGGGGGGCCUCAUCGGUAAUGUCCAGCCUGAGGACCCAGAUGAGCUAGACUUGUUCAACUGCAGCAUCAGAAGCGGACCGGGAAACAUGUUCAGCUUCCCUUUUGGGGGCUGCGACUUGUGGUCAACUCCAUAUCAAGGCGAAACCACAUAUAAUAUCACUGUCGAGGCAAGCGACCAACUCCAUCCCUCUGUCAACAACAGCAUCUAUGUGAGCUACAAAGGUUUCACCAAUGCCUCUAUGGACAACUGCGUCCUCUUCUACGUCACCUCGCCUUCUUUCAAAGAGUUCUUGUCGUUCAGUUAUUUGAAGUUUGUGAAAGCCCUCGACAGCCUUUUCAACCUACAGGCCUCCAAGACCCACGUGUUUGGGAUAAAGAUUUUGGGGGAUAAGAUCCUACUCCUGGCCGCUGUUAAAAGCUACAACGGGCAGUUCCUGAGCGGAGAUGUGGCGAGUGACAUCUCCGCCGCACAUAAGAGAUCGUUGGAGGCCCAGAGCGGCGUAGAAAUCUCAGACAUCACAGGUGACCCCUGCUCGGUGAACCCUUGCCACCACGGGGCCACGUGCACCAAAAACAUUCACAUCAGCCAAGACAUCGCAGUGCUGGAGAGCCCGGCUCUAAUGUUUGUUUCGCCGAAAAAAGUGGAGAUAUUCAAAUGCUCGUGUCUGCCCGCGUUCUCCGGGACGACGUGCGAAUCGGACGUUGAUGAAUGCGAGGGGGACCCAUGUCAAAACGGGGGGACCUGCGUUAAUCACCUGGGAGGAUUCACCUGUCACUGCGCGAGGGGCUUCUCAGGGAAGCACUGCCACUCUGACGUGGAUGAAUGCUGGAACAUACAGUGCUAUAAUGGAGGGACCUGUCUUAACAUGCAAGGAGCAUUCUACUGCAGCUGCACCCUGGGAUAUGAAGGUGAAUUCUGCCAGGAAUUUGUUGACCCCUGCGCAUCAUCCCCCUGUGUUCAGGGUACCUGCCAAAAUCACUUGACUGGAUAUGCUUGUGAUUGUCCAUUUGGUGUCGGUGGAGCCCACUGCGAGGAGGAAAGCUACGGAUUUCCAGAGCUGUCCUUCCUGGAGUUCCCAUCCCUGGAUCCCAGGAACAACAUAAUCUCCCUGGAGCUGGCCACCGUGCGGCAGGACUCCCUGCUCCUGUACAGCCACGGGCGCCCCGGCGGCUCCGAGUUCCUGGCCCUGGAGAUCGUGGGGGGGAGGGCGCGGCUCUCGUUCGACCUCGGCAGCGGCCCGGCGACGGUGUGGACGACCAAGCCGGUGGCGGACGGGUCGUUUCACAGCGUCACCGCGCGCCGGAUCGGCAAGGCUGCUUCUCUACAAGUGGACAGCUGCUCGGCUGAAGAGCCCCACGGAUUCUGCUUCUCUCGAGGCGAAGGAGCUGGCAGAGAGAGGACCCUUGAUGUGCACACCUCCAACAUGACGUUUGGCGGCAUCAGGUCCCUAGACGCCAUUUUGCUGAGACCUGUGCAGGUUCGGACUCACGACUUUAUUGGAUGUGUGAGGAAUGCCAAGGUGAACAAUAUCCCCUUAGACACCUCGCGAGCCCUGGCAUCCUACAAUGUUCUGGAGAGGUGUCCACGCCGGACGGCGUCGCUGUGCGACAGCAGCACGUGUCGGAGCGGGGGGGUGUGCAGAGACUACUGGUCCCAUCACACCUGUGAGUGUGGGGACCUCUUCACUGGAACGAGCUGCGAGACAGAGAUGUCUGAGGACCAUGCCUUGCGGCUCAACGGACAGGCCCACAUCGAGUAUGUUGUGAAGGAGAGCUACCGCAGGGACCAGCAGCUAAAGGACUGGCUCUACGGAGAUGGCGGGAAGGCAGAAGGACCUGCCGGCGGAUCUGGGCUGGAGAUGAACCUGAGGACCACUGAGCAAGACGGAGCUCUGCUCUUCAUUUUGGGGAGAAAGGGCCAGGCAACCCUGAAGGUGAUGGGUGGAAAACUCCUGUUCAUCUCCAGCGACGACAUUUCCAGACAGGUGACAGAGAUCGCCAUGGACACCCCGCUAGUGGACAGCCAUUGGCACACGCUUCACCUGUUUAGAGAGAGAUCAGCCACCAUGAUCCUGCUGGAUGGACACCUUGUCAUGAACACAACGGAAUCCACACUUGAUCUCACCAUUGCCAAUGUGCACAGAAUGGUUUUGGGUGCCGAUCAAUCAGGAGGGACUACAACUCAACAGCCAGGUUUCUCUGGAUGCGUGGGAUACCUCAGGUGGGACAACUGGGUCCUGCCCUUCAGCGGGUUCAGUGAGGUGGUGGAGGUGCGCCCCAGUCCCAGUCUUACGCAGGGCGGGUGCAGUUCAGCGGGGGCGUGCGUGGGCCAUCUGUGCUCUGAGGAGGAUGUGGCCUUCCUGUCCUGCCUCUCUCAGCUGUGCCCGAAUGGGGACACCUGUGCCCUGCCCCCCUGGGUGAACGGCACCUGUGCCUGCCUGCGUAACGUCACGGACGGCCUGUGCAAGCUGUGCCCCCGCGGGGGGGGCGGCCGCGACGUCUGCCCCAGGCCACUGGCCGCGGGAGCGCCCGUCUGGAUCGUGGGCGUCGUCGUGCCCACCACCUUCAUCGUGAUCUGCCUGACUCUGCUCGUCAUCCUCAGAUGCAAAGCGGGGUCCCGGCGGAAGAUGCAGAGGGGGGGUCGAGGGUCGCCCGCACGUCUGCGGGUGAAGGGAGGGGUGGAUAACGGGGCAUUCUGUGGCGACGCCCCGGCCCCGGACGGCCAGCCUAUCAGGGCUGAGAAACAGAGACCCCAGCCAGCGGAGCGCCCCCUGCAGGUCUGCGCUGAAACUGACCCGCCCAGCCUCCAGACAGAUGAGCUGGAGUACUACGAGAUUGACAGCACCUGCGGGGCCUCUUGCUCGGAGCUCAGGGCACCGAGAGGUGACUUAGAGGGCCCCCGCACCACCACAGAGACUGCAGUACAGAAUGGGGGACAGCGGGACCCUCAAGACCAGGCCAGAGGCGACCAACAACAAAGCCGAAUGCAGGCAGUUUUAGCCACACCUCACCCUUUGGUUUCUGAGAAUGAACCAUCGGACCAGCAGCAAACAGCGGUAUGUAGCAGAGGGAGGAAACCUUGCGCCUCUUUCAGACGUGACUGUGGACUGCCGACAGGGCCUCACAUCGGACCCUGCCCUUUCCCCAGGAGGGUGCAGGUUUCUGACCUCACAGGGCCCCCCCUGGGACUUUCCGCAGAGGAGGUAAGGAGGCUAAACGAGCCCUUGGACCAGCAGCAGGGCGUCCACGUGGCCACCGGACGGAGACACGCCCAUUUCGCCGAGACGAGCGACAGCUCUGACAGCGAGUCGCACAGCUCAUUCACCUGUUCGGUGUGUGGGUGUGAGAGGGAGGGCUUGUCUUUCGCCGGCGAGCAGGCCUGCCUCCGCGAACAUGCCUCGCCGACACUCAGCGGCCCACGGCAGGGCGAGCCGGCGAGUGGCGACACCCCCUCUCUCCUCCGAGAGGACAUCCCAAUCGCUGAGAUCCAGAGGGGCGCUGAUAGUGCCUUCCUUGGGGGACCCCAGCACUGGGAGAGGCUGCUGAAUCUGGGCCUGCACUUUGAGACCUAUGCCCAGGUGUUUGAGGACAUUGCUCGGCUGCCCAUCGAACUUCAACACGAUCUGGACUGGCAGAGUGAGGCGGAGGAAAUCAUUUGAACUCUGGUCACAUAUUCCAUAAUAUAUUACAUAAAGCAACUCCAUAUAUAUACAUAGUUUAGACUUUAGGAUCGGGUCAGAAAGAUGAUAAGAUAAUAUUCUCUUUGUAAGAGAGGGUGGGGCUUGAAGUUUGACUCCGCCCCAUAAUGUUCCCAUAAAUGGAGGUGCAGUUGUUUUGUCGCCCAGCAGGUGUCACUGUUAUACAGUUGUGCUCUGUGUGCAAACAAGGAAAUACAUUUGGGAAGGAAAAAACUAUGGCUGAGGGCUGGAUCUGUGGUCUGAUACAUACAUUGGGUAAUAGAUAAUCUCAACAAAUGGAAAUGCUUUUUUAUAGAUUUAUGUGUACAACUUGUAACUAUUACUUUUAUGUAUUGUACACACUACAGUCUUCAUUGAUUAUUGUGAUUCAAUUCAUUAUUCUUAAAAAAUUCUUUAUAUAAUACAGUAUAUGCCAAAUCUUACAUGCUACUGCGUAAUAUUAUGAUAUAAUAGCUAUGAUCAUUUACUAAAGAUGAUCUUGUCUUGAAAAAGUGGAUGGAGAGAAAAUGAUACUCAUAUACUCUUAUCGGAUUGUAAAAUAAAUGAAUUGAAAUUUU